GGUUCCUCCUCGCCGUUUAUCGUUCGUUCCUUGUUCGUAGUUAAUUAUUUCUUGGUUAGGUAGGAAUUAAGGAUUGAGAUUCAGAUUGUCUUUCGCCUUUCUUAAUAAGUUAAAAUAGAUAUUUUAAAGCCAGCGUCAUGAAAUUAGUCAAAUUUUUAAUGAAACUGAGCCAUGAAACUGUCACGAUAGAGUUGAAGAACGGAACACAAGUCUUUGGCACCAUUACAGGAGUGGAUGUAGCCAUGAACACUCAUCUGAAGACUGUAAAGUUAACAGUGAAAAACAGACCAACAGUGCAGUGUGAUUCAUUGAGUAUUCGUGGAAACAAUAUCCGCUACUACAUUCUACCCGAUGCUCUACCACUGGAGACACUUCUAGUCGAUGACACUCCCAAGGCCAGGGCAAAGAAGAAGGACCAAUCUAGAGGUGCAAUGAGAGGUAGAGGUCGUGGUCGUGGAGGUAGGGGCGGCAGAGGAGGACGAGGUAGAGGAAGAGGCAGACGUUAACACCACCAAUGCUCCGGUAUCAUUUCACCCUCCUUUCCAUGUAACAUUAAGAUUUUUGUUGUUUAUAGGUUAAGUCGUUUCUUGUGUGUCAAGACAUUUAAAAAAAACCUACUUUUUAUAACGUUAACACCACCAAUGCUCCGGUAUGAUUUCACCCUCCUUUCCAUGUAACAUUAAGAUUUUUGUUGUUUAUAGGUUAAGUCGUUUCUUGUGUGUCAAGACAUUAAAAAAAACCUACUUUUUAUAACUUUGUUCUUGUACAAAUUGAGGCAAUCCGAUAUCAAUUCUUUAAAACUGUUUUGGUCAGAUUAAUGUUUAGGCCUACAGGCCUAAUCUAAGUAUUUUCAACUAUGUUCUGGAAUCAGACUUGUAAAUAUUUUAAAAUAAAGUUUGAUUUUGUACUUAGGUA